AUGGAGAUGAGGCUGGUUGGAAUUGCCAUUCUCCUUGGGAUGGCAGAUGUUCUCCAUGCCUUUGCAAUCAUGGAGAAGGAAGAUGUAUUCAAGAAAACACCCUGCCCGGCCUUCCUGAUGUUUGACAAUGCUGCCUACUUGGCUGACAUGAGUUUUGAGCUCCCUUGUAAGUGCAAGCCAGAGGAGGUCACCUCAGUCGUGUGGUACUUUCAGAAGAGCAUGGGCAGCCGGCAGACCAAGGUCUUAACAGACUUUGAUGGAACCAUGUUCUUGGACUCGGGCCACAUCCGCGUGGGCAGCGACAUGCUGAAGCGCUUCAGCAUUAGGAUGUUCAGUCUCAUCGUCUUCCAGGCCCAGGUGGAGGAUUCAGGCCACUAUCUCUGUGGUACCAAGGCAGGGGACUUCUUCUAUGGCUAUGAUGUGGACGUGCAGCCCUCCAAGGCCAUCACCGUGGCCUUUGAGGACAGGAGCCAGCACCCACAGAAGGAUCAUACAGAAGAGCAUUUCAGCGUGUUCACCACCUUCUGGGACUGGACCAAGUGUGACCGCUGUGGGGUGAGAGGUGAGCAACGGAGAAUUGGCCUCUGCUAUGUGAAGAGUACUUACCUCUACCCCAGGUACCGCACAGUCCCGACAGACGUGGUGUCCUGUGGCUCAAGAUCUGUCCCUGGGCGCUUCCAGGGCACCAUCCAGAGCAGGAAGCCUGAGGUUGUCAUCCGAAGCUGCCUGACGCCCUGUGUAAAGACAAAAGGCCCCGAGGAAGGAGUGCUGUCCAUCUCCAAUCUCAUUGCAAAGAUUGGCCAGAAACCCUGGCUGCCCAAAGUCCCCAUUCAGUUCCACAAGCAACUCCUUGGCAGCGGUCUGAUAAUUGCCUGCCCCGGGGCCAGGCCAGAGCAUGCAGUGGCAUGGGACAAAGAUUCGACUCGAUUGUACCGCACCAGCUUCCUCACUGGGGUCAACAAAAGCAUGCGGGUCUUCAUUGACCAUGGCAACCACCUGCACAUUCGAUUUACCCAGCUGGACGACAGGGGCACUUACUACUGCUGGCGUGAGGGGCAAAUGGUUGCUGGCUUCCGGCUCUCCGUGGGGUUCCGAGGUCACCGCAAGCGAACCCUCGAUGACCCCGAGACGAGAUAUGCCAUCAAGGCCAUCCUCACAAGCUAUGUCCUCAUCACCAUGGUGUUCGUCGGCAUCCACGUCAGCCGCUGCUGCUGUUACGUGUUCAGAUGCACUCCCAUGGAGUAG